UAAUUUCUCUAUUUCUCACAAAUUAAAACAAAAAAAGAAGGAGUCCUUCAAUUUCAAGUUGAUCCCAGCUUCCAACAGAUAUGGCUGCUACAAAAUUGAUCAACACCAAAGAACCAGUGUGUGUAACUGGUGCCAACGGUUUCAUCGGCUCAUGGGUAAUCAAGACCCUUUUAGACCAAGGCUACACCACAGUGCACGCUUCCAUUUUCCCGGGCUCUGACCCAUCUCACCUCUUUUCACUUCCUGGUGCCGCCGGCGACCGGUUGGUGGUGCACGAGGCCGAUCUUUUGGAUGCUGAAGCAAUGCGCAAAGCCAUUGAGGGAUGUGCCGGCGGGGGUGUUUUCCACGUGGCAUCUCCAUGCACACUUGAGGACCCGGUGGACCCGCAAAAGGAGCUGGUGGACCCGGCUGUUAAGGGUACUUUGAACGUACUGGCGGCGGCCAAAAUGUACAACGUGAGGAGGGUGGUGCUUACAUCGUCGAUUUCGGCUAUGGUGCCUAAUCCGGGAUGGCCCGGGAACAAGGUUUUUGAUGAGUCUUCUUGGACUGAUCUUGACUACUGCAUUGCUCGUCAGAAAUGGUACCCCGUGUCAAAGACACUAGCUGAAAAAGCUGCAUGGGAAUUUGCAGAGAUGAACAAAUUGGAUGUAGUUGCAAUCCUCCCAGGAACAUGUCUUGGCCAACUUCUGCAACCUUGUUUAAAUGCAAGCUGUGAUGAGCUGAAUUAG